GUAUCUCCUCAAUGCAUCCCCAAAACCAAGCAAUACGUGUUCAAACCUCUUGCUGGCUUUUCCAGAAGUCAGAACACAACUUUCGCCGUAGCAUGACGUUAUCCUCUUUUUCCCGCAAAACCUUUCCUUCAGUCUCUCUUGAAUCCUCAUGUUUGGCACAUCGUCCUUGACUCUUUGUCAUCUUUUGCUGUGAAGCGUUCCAGGCAGAGAGAAUACGGGAAAAGAAUCAACUCUUGAACUGGAGGAACGUUAAGAUCAAGGUUUUGUUUUGUGGGUCAAGUGAAAGCUUAAACUUUGCUUCCUAGGUGGGGCUGACUUGAGAAGCUAGAGAUACAGAGGCAGAGAAAUAGGAGAAGUUGGGAUGGGUAUGGCUUGUUGCCCAAUAUUUUUCUGUGCAAAGGGUUCAGAUCGAAAAGCACGAGGUAAGAAAGUGCCUGCAUGGAGAGUCUUUUCUUUGAAGGAACUACACUCAGCAACAAACAAUUUUAACUACGAUAACAAGCUUGGAGAAGGGGGAUUUGGCAGUGUAUACUGGGGCCAGCUUUGGGAUGGAUCACAAAUUGCAGUGAAAAGAUUAAAAGCUUGGAGCAACAAAGCAGAUAUGGAAUUUGCUGCCGAAGUUGAGAUAUUGGCCAGAGUAAGACACAAGAAUCUUCUUAGUCUACGUGGCUAUUGUGCUGAAGGGCAAGAAAGACUAAUUGUGUACGAUUAUAUGCCAAAUUUGAGCCUACUCUCCCAUCUUCAUAGACAGCACUCUUCAGAUUGCCUUCUUAAUUGGGACAGGCGCAUGAAUAUCGCUAUUGGGUCGGCCGAGGGAAUUGCAUAUCUUCACCACCAAGCAACACCCCACAUAAUCCACAGGGAUAUCAAAUCAAGCAAUGUGUUGUUGGAUGCAGAUUUCCAUCCUCAGGUUGCUGAUUUUGGUUUCGCAAAGCUGAUUCCUGAUGGGGCAACCCAUGUGACGACAAGAGUUAAGGGAACCCUUGGCUACCUCGCGCCGGAAUAUGCCAUGCUCGGUAAGGCAUCUGAGAGUUGUGAUGUCUACAGUUUUGGGAUUCUCUUGUUAGAACUUGCGAGUGGCAAGAAACCAAUUGAAAAACUAAGUACUUCAAUGAAGCGAUCGAUAGCUGAUUGGGCACUACCAUUGGUUAUUGAGAGGAGAUAUAGUGACCUUGCAGAUCCAAAGCUAAAGGGUAACUAUGUUAAGGAAGAACUAAAAAGGAUGAUUCUUGUGGCGCUUGUCUGUGCUCAAAGACAGCCUGAGAAAAGACCCACCAUGCUUGAGGUGGUAGAUCUGCUAAAAGGAGAGUAUAAGGAUAAGUUAUCUGAUUUAGAAAAGAAUGAAUUGUUCAGAAACCCUCCAGCUUUAGAAGACAAUGAUGGGGCAUCAGUUGCUGAAGAUAGUUCAGACUUCAUCUCAGAAGAGAAGGAAUCAACGUUUGAGAUAAAAGAGAGUAGUGGGCUAUAGUCUUGGCAAAAAUAGCUUAAACCAUGAACAUUUUGUAUUGUAUUUAUACAUAUUGUAAAGCUCUCUCAACUUGCAGUUUAUUGUUAUCGCGAUCCAAAAAGGAAGCAUGAGUUUAUUCAUGUUGGAAGUUUGAGUGCAUGCUGGUUUUGUCAUGUUUUGAG